AUGCCGUACUUGGAUCAUGCUGGAGCAGCUCUUCCUUCCGAGCAACAGCUGAAGGAGGUGUUCGAAGCUGCUCUUUCUAUGCCUUUGGCUAAUCCUCACUCACAUCAUUCGACAGCUACCGCAACGCAUUUGAUGGUGGAAAAUGCCAGACUUCGCUCCUCCUAUUUCAUGGUUCUGGAACAUUUCGACGUCACUCCGGAAGACUAUGCCGUAGUUUUUACUGCAAAUGCCACACAUGCACUACAAAUUGUAGCUGAUUCUUACAUCUUUGGAGAGAAAACAACGCCCACAGUGCAGAUUGGUUCAUCUGCGAAAAACACAGGUCCGACAUUUGCUUACCUUCGCGACUCACAUAAUUCGCUAGUUGGUAUGCGAGAAAUUGUCAAAGAAAAG